UUGGAGCUAGCUAAAGAAUUCCAACUUCCAAGACAUAAAGAGAGAGAGAGAGAGAGAGAGAGAUGGUGAGAACACCUUAUUGUGAUCAAAAUGGAAUGAAGAAGGGAACAUGGACCCCUGAAGAAGAUAGGAAGCUAGUGGCGUAUGUGACUAGAUAUGGGUGUUGGAAUUGGCGUCAACUUCCCAAGUUUGCAGGUCUCAAAAGGUGUGGGAAGAGUUGCAGAUUGCGAUGGAUGAAUUAUCUGCGGCCGAAUCUCAAGAGAGGCAACUACAGCAAGGAAGAAGAGGAAACCAUCAUCGGACUACAUGAAUCUCUCGGAAACAGAUGGUCUACAAUUGCGGCUCAGUUGCCUGGAAGAACAGACAAUGAGGUCAAAAACCAUUGGCAUACUCACCUGAAGAAGCGAGUAAAAGUACUACACAACUCCGGCGAGCAUGCAUAUCAAGAAGUAGAAUCCGCGGAGGGUUCGAACGAUAACAACGCGACGUUUCUUAAUUCUCCGAAUGAUUCUACUAAUAAUACCAAUCAACAUCAAUCGAGCGCGAUAAUGGACGCAAAAGAAAACACCUCCUUUCCAAAUCCAGAGACACUACCCUACAACAUCAAUAUUCUUGAUAGUAAUUCUCCAUUUGUAAUGUCGCCACAGCCAUCGUCAAGUGAUGAGGCCUCAACCAUUUCAACAGAUUCUAGUAACAUUACUACAACCGAAACGAGCACCAACAAUUACUUGGUCGCAGACUCUUGUUGUAACCCCUUGGAAGAUGCAUAUGCAGAAUUCAGCGACAAUUUCUGGACGGAGCCAUUUUUGGCAGAUAACUCGUAUACCCCAAGUGAUUUUUUCACCUCCUUGAUGGACACGGAGUUUUUUUCUUCAGAAUUUGACGCCAACCUCUUGUUUAGUUCUACCGGUGGUAAUUUGUACGAGGAACCUAUUCAAGCAAGUCUAUAUUGAUAUAUAUUAUUAUAUAUGCAUGGAGUUAUAACGUGUCUACGUAUAUAUAUUUAAGUGAUGAUCAUCCUCUGCUUCUGCUUAGUAUAUAGCGUUUUCGCUCUCUGUACCAUAUUGCGUUUUUGGCAAGAUGUAGUUUAUGGGGAUAUGAAAAUUUUCUUCCCUAGAAAGGAAUGAUAUUGAUGAUUCUGAGUUC